GCCUCCUCUCUCUCGGUCUGGGCGCCGGCUCCCUUUCCGCUCCAUGUCUCCGCUCAGCGCAGUGGUGGAACCCGCGCGGACUUGUUACCAGCCCAAGAUGGGAGCUGCCAAGAGACCCGGGGAAGCCCCGGCGCUGCGCAAGAGCCUCAAGCCACUGAUGGAGAAGCGCCGUCGGGCGCGCAUCAACGACAGCCUGAACCAGCUGAAGACCCUCAUCCUGCCGCUCAUCGGCAAAGACAGUUCUCGCUAUUCCAAGUUAGAGAAGGCUGAUAUAUUAGAGAUGACCGUGCAGUUCCUCAAAGAACUUCCUGAUUGGCGUGCCUCCAUUCCUGCCUCCACUGAUGGUUAUUGUGAAGGCUACCAGGCCUGCUUGUCCCGCCUCACCAGCCUCCUGCCCAAGUUCACUCUCCUAAAUCCAGAUGUCUGCAACAGCCUCCUGAGGCAUCUUCAAGAGGCUAGCAAUGAACACCGCUGGAACCGGGACUGUAACAGCCCAACAGACUUGCCCCAAGUACAACACUUGGCCGUGCCCCUCGGCCCAGACAGAAGGGCCCAAGAAACCUUCUCUCCGCACUUGCCUGCUGUGGUGCAGUCUGCCCUCUGGAGGCCCUGGUAGGCCCACAAUGACUUGUAGCUAAUUCUAAAGCAAAGCUUGCUCCUGAUUCCCAAAACUGACUGCUGGGGCACCCCAUGCUGCUAAUGCCUUGAGAAACACAUUUGUGGAAAAACGUCUAUGAGCUCCAAGUCCCCAUCCACAGAGGAGGUUGCCUGCUGUGUCUCUGUGUGAGUCACCACUCCGACCUUUCCUUUUUCUACUGAAGAUAGGAUCACCUAUCUACCCUUCAGCAGGGUGUGAUCGGAUAUUCAAUCACUCCUGAAGCAGAGACAUGCAGACACUCCAGAUGCAGAGACAUGCAGAAUUAUGAAAGGGGGUAGACAGGGGUUAUCUCUGUGUGAGCACCAUUCUAGGGCUUCCUACUUCUGCACUGGAGGCAUGCCAAGAUCAAUGACUUGUGCAGAAACUCACAGAGUAGGUUCCUUUGAGGGACAGAAAUCAUUGCUGAGGAGACGCUCUCCAAGCAAGUCUUUUAGCUGUAAGAGACCUUGAGUUUUAGUUAAGGGGGGGAAGGGUACUUCAGCUGUCAGGGAAGCCUUGCUCUCUUCAUUUAUACUGUGGCAGUCUCCAGCAUUUGGAGCACUUUCUGGUCCCUGUUCCUUUAGCCAGAUCCCCACUCCAUCCUGUCCCUCUCCUCUCUGGGUGCAUUCACACUACACUAGAUAGUGUGUUUCACAACUGGACUUGGCUAUUCUUACACAGUAAAAAUCCAGUUGCAAAACGCAUUAUUUAGCGUAGUGUGAAUGCGCCCUCUGUGUGUUUUUGGCCACAGGGGCUAGGAACUGGUGGCCAGUAAACCCCACGGGUUGUGAAUUCUCUUUCAUCCGGUCUGUGACUUGCACAAAUUCAGCCUGGCUUGAGCCAAAGGCUGGAAAGCACUUUAAUCCUGUAGAUAAAUAUAUUUUCAAAUAUUUGAUACAUAAUAAACAUUGUAAUGGUUGGUUAAAA